AUGCCUCGUGUUGUGAAGAGAAAAUUUCAGAAAAUAAAGCCAGUUGUUGAGUACAAUAAAAGGGGGAAAGGAUGUGGCCCUGCACAUACUGAGAUGCAGUCCUACAUUGGUGUGUUGGCACGCUCCAGAGUCCCACUUGUGGACAAGAAAUGGGCUGAAAUCCCCAAGGAUAUAAAGGAGCAGAUUUGGGAAGCCGUUGACAUGGCUUUUGUGGUAGGUCAAGGGGACAAGAACACGGUGUUAUCUUCUGCUGCCAAGAAAUGGAAGGAUUUCAAGUCUACACUAACGAGGCAUUAUAUCCUUCCAUACAUCAAGGAGAGGGAGAAAUUAAGCCAACCCCCUGAAAUAUAUAAAUUCAUAGAGAAAGCAGAAUGGGAUGCCUUUGUAGCUUCAAGGUUAUCCAAAGAAUUUGAGUCUGUGCAUUCUCAACAUUCACAGAUUAGGGAGAAACUUGAGUACAAUCAUCGAUUGUCUCGAAAAGGAUAUGCUGGUUUGGAGGAUCAAUUGGAGGAAACCAUGCCUGGGGUAGAAAUUGAUCGAUCUACCUUAUGGAAGAAAGCUAGACAGGACAAACAUGGUAACAUCCCGGAUCCAAAGGUGGCAGAGAAAGCAAAAUUAAUUGAUGAAUUGCAAAAACGAGUCUCGGAAGGCAGUCUCAGUGUAUCUGGCAGCAAUGAUGUGUUGACCAUGGCUUUGGGUCCCGAGCAUCCAGGGAGAGUGAGAGGGGUAGGUGCUGGGAUUUCCCCUAGGCAGUACUUCAAUUUACCCAAACAACAGAGGGAUUAA